AGUCCCCGAGGCUCUCGGAGGAGCCCCGCUCCCGCCGAGCCAUGGCCCGGAGACCCCGGCACAGCAUCUACAGUAGUGACGAAGACGAUGAAGACAUCGAGAUGUGUGACCAUGACUACGAUGGGCUGCUUCCCAAGUCUGGAAAACGUCACUUGGGGAAAACUAGGUGGACCAGAGAAGAGGAUGAAAAACUAAAGAAGCUGGUGGAACAGAAUGGAACAGAUGACUGGAAAGUUAUUGCCAAUUAUCUUCCGAAUCGGACAGAUGUACAGUGCCAACACCGAUGGCAGAAAGUACUGAACCCUGAACUCAUCAAGGGUCCUUGGACCAAAGAAGAAGAUCAGAGAGUGAUUGAGCUUGUACAGAAAUAUGGUCCAAAACGUUGGUCUGUUAUUGCCAAGCACUUAAAAGGGAGAAUUGGAAAACAAUGUAGAGAGAGGUGGCAUAAUCACUUGAAUCCAGAAGUUAAGAAAACCUCCUGGACAGAAGAAGAAGAUAGAAUUAUUUACCAAGCACACAAGAGACUGGGGAACAGAUGGGCAGAAAUUGCAAAGCUACUCCCUGGACGAACUGAUAAUGCUAUCAAGAACCACUGGAAUUCUACAAUGCGUCGGAAGGUCGAACAGGAAGGUUAUCUACAAGAGUCUUCUAAAGCUAGUCAGCCAACAGUGGCCACAAAUUUCCAGAAGAAUAGUCAUUUGAUGGGUUUUGCUCAUGCUCCACCUUCAGCUCAACUCCCUCCAACUGGCCAACCUUCAGUUAAUAAUGACUAUUCCUACUACCACAUUUCUGAAGCACAAAAUGUCUCAAGCCACGUUCCAUAUCCUGUAGCGUUACAUGUAAAUAUAGUCAAUGUCCCUCAGCCGGCUGCUGCAGCCAUUCAGAGACACUAUAAUGAUGAAGACCCUGAAAAAGAAAAGCGAAUAAAGGAAUUAGAGUUGCUCCUAAUGUCAACUGAGAAUGAACUGAAAGGGCAGCAGACGCUACCAGCACAGAACCACACAUGCAGCUACCCCGGGUGGCACAGCACCGCCAUUGCCGACCACAGCAGACCUCAGGGAGACAGUGCACCUGUUUCCUGUUUGGGAGAACACCACUCCACCCCGUCUCUGCCAGUGGAUCCUAGCUCCCUACCUGAAGAAAGCGCCUCUCCAGCAAGGUGCAUGAUCGUCCACCAGAGCACCAUUCUGGAUAAUGUUAAGAACCUCUUAGAAUUUGCAGAAACACUCCAAUUUAUAGAUUCUGAUUCUUCAUCAUGGUGUGAUCUCAGCAGUUUUGACUUCUUUGAAGAAGCAGAUUUUUCACCUAGCCAACAUCACACAGGCAAAGUCCUACAGCCUCAGCAAAGAGAGGGUAACGGGAAUAGACCUGCAGGAGAGCCUAGCCUAAGGGUGAACAAACGCUUGUUGAGUGAGAGUUCAGUUGACCCACCUAAGGCCUUCCCUCCUGCAAGGCACAACACAAUUCCACUGGUCAUCCUUCGAAAAAAGUGGAACCAGUUCAGCCCCAUAGCCACUGGAGACUCUAGCUCCUCCAUAUUUGCUGACGUCAGCGGUUCAACUCCCAAGCGUUCCCCUGUCAAAAGCCUACCCUUCUCUCCCUCGCAGUUCUUAAACACUUCGAGUAACCAUGAAAACUUAGAGUUGGAAAUGCCUUCUUCAACUUCCACCCCUCUCAGUGGUCACAAAUUGACUGUUACAACACCAUUCCACAGAGAUCAGACUGUGAAAACUCAAAAGGAGAAUACUAUUUUCAGAACCCCAGCGAUCAAAAGGUCAAUCCUAGAAAGCGCUCCAAGAACGCCUACGCCAUUCAAACAUGCGCUUGCAGCUCAAGAAAUUAAAUACGGUCCCCUGAAGAUGCUACCUCAAACACCCUCUCACCUAGUAGAAGACCUACAGGAUGUGAUCAAACAAGAAUCUGAUGAAUCUGGAAUUGUUGCUGAAUUUCAAGAAAAUGGACCACCUUUACUGAAGAAAAUUAAACAAGAGGUGGAAUCUCCAACGGAUAAAGCUGGGAACUUUUUCUGCUCAAACCACUGGGAAGGGGACAGUCUGAAUACUCAGCUGUUCACGCAGGUAUCGCCGGUGGCGGAUACGCCAAAUAUUCUUACAAGUUCUGUUUUAAUGACACCAGUAUCAGAAGAUGAAGACAAUGUUCUCAAAGCUUUUACAGUACCUAAAAACAGAUCUCUGGCGAGUCCCUUGCAGCCUUGUGUGGGUGCCUGGGAAUCUGCAUCCUGUGGAAAGACAGAGGACCAGAUGACGGCUUCCGGUCAGGCGCGGAAAUACGUGAAUGCGUUCUCAGCCCGGACUCUGGUCAUGUGAGAUGUGUCCAGAAAAGCAUUAUGGUUUUCAAAACACUUCAAGAUGACUUUGAAUAUAUCAUUCCUCGACAUGAAACUUUUCAUGAAUAGGAGAAGAGCCUAUUUUUGUUGUGGUACAACAGUUGAGAGCAGCACCAAGUGCAUUUAGUUGGGUGAAAUAUUGGAUUUCACCCAACUAAAAGAAUUUUUUAAAAAUAAAUAACAGUCUUACCUAAAUUAUUAGGUAAUGUAUUGUAGCCAGUUGUUAAUAUCUUAAUGCAGAUUUUUUUAAAAAAAACAUAAAAUGAUUUAUCUGUAUUUUAGAGAAUUCAACAGAUCAGUAUUUUUUCCUGUGAUGAGUUUAUUUUUUAAUUUUAAAUAAACAAAAAGGUACUCCAGUAUUUCACUUUUCUCAGUCACUAAACAUAUGCAUAGAUUUUUAAAAACCGGAGAAAGCAUUACUAUAAAUGGCUUAAUACUAUGGGAGAUUUAAAAUUGUAAGUGCUCAUUUAUGGUUAAUAACAUUGGAGGUAUAUUUACUGUACUAGACCAUUUGAUGAGUUUUUUGUUAGCUUGCUUUAAAAAUUAUUACUGUAUGAAAUAGUUUUAUAAAAAAUUAUAUUUUUUAUUCAGUAAUUUAAUUUUGUAAAUGCCAAAUGAAAAAUGUGUUUUGCUGCUAUGGUUCUUAGCCUGUAGACAUGCUGCUAGUAUCAGAGGGGCAGUAGAGCUUGGAUAAAAGAAGAGAAACUUGGAGUUAGGUAAUUGACUAUGCACUAGUAUUCCAGUCUUUUUAAAUUUUAUAUAUAUAUAUAUAUAUGUAUGUGGGUGUGUGUGUAUAUACAUGUAUAUUUAUAUAUGUGUAUAUACGAGUACAUAUACACGUGUAUACACACACACACACUUUUUUUUCCUUUUGUAAUACAUUGGAAAACUUAUUUGGGAGAUUUUUGUAUUUGUUGUGUGUGUUUUUUUGUUCUUUUUUUUGUUUUUACUUUUUUUUUGGUUAAUGUUGGUUUAUAAAAGCAUGCAUUGCACUUCUUUUUUGGGAGAUCUUUGUUGUUGAUGUCCUAUGUUUUGUUUUGCGUUCAGCCUGACUGUUCUUUCAUUCGGGGGUUCAAAGUGUGAUUGACAUUACUCAUGGUUCCUCAGUAUAUGGUCUCAGAACUGCCGCACAGAGUCUGCGUUUGCAGCCAGGUAGUCAGAGACUGGGUUUGAGAGCCAGUUGCUGCCUUAAGAACAUUUGGUGCGAGAUGGCUGGCACUGAACUUUUGAUAUGACAGUUUACU